AUGUCUUCCACCUUGAAAGUCCCUUUAGAUGAAUGCAGGAUUCAGAAUUCGACGGACUGCGGCCGCCGCAUCGUGCGGCCGUACGAGGCGCGCCGACCGCUCAUAGUCGGGCCGGGCAACACCACCGCCUAUUAUGGUCAAUAUCUGUGGCAGGCGCGGCUGGUCAUGUACGAUGCCAAUGUGAAGGGCUAUGUACAUCACUGCGGAGGCAUCAUUGUCUCGCAGGAACACGUGGUGACGGCCGCCCACUGCGUGGUUGAGGUGGCCCCACGUCGGCUGCUGGUGCGUGUCGGAGACCUCCGAUUUGACGACCGCGAGCUGUUCGAGCAGGAGUUCGCCGUCGCCAGCUACCACGUGCACAGCCGGUUCGGCACGGCUGCUGGCUUGCGGCACGACGUGGCCCUGCUGCGGCUACGUCGCCGCGUCGGAGCCGGCAUCACGCUCGGCCGCUACGUGCAGCCGGCCUGCCUACCGGCAGCCGGCACCAAGUACGAGACGUUUCUGCCGUGCGAGAUGUCCGGCUGGGGCCGCAUUGCGGACCUUGCGCCCAUCUCGGAGGUGCUGCGCGGCGUCUCGGUGCCGCUGGUGUCGGACGCCUUCUGUGGUGCGCCCGAGGUGUACCAGGACCGCUUCCUGCCCGGCGCCAUGUUCUGCUCGGGCCCGACGGGUGGCGGCGCCGACAGCUUGACGCUGUACCGGCCUCUCUGCGGCCUGGACGCGGCCACCACUCCGCUGUUCUGCUGCCCCGGACAGGAGCCGCGCGGCGCCGGCUGCGGGAAGACCAGCUUUUCGCCACCGGCGCAGCUGGGCGCCUCGUUCGUCAAGAACGCCGCCAACUUUCCCUGGAUGGCGGCCAUCUCCGAAAGACAAAAGGGCGGCAGAGGUAUAGUGGUCUGCGGGGGCGCCGUGAUCUCUGACCGAUGGGUGUUGACGGGGGCGACCUGCACUCGUGAUGGCCGCCAGCUGAGUGUGCGCUUCGGCGACCUCGACUUGCAGGACACCUCUGACGACAAUCCUAACGCUCCUCCGUUCGAGCUGGACAUCAUCGAAGUUGCGCGGCAUCCCCAGUUUUCGCUGCCGGAAAAGAGAGCUCAGGACAUUGCCUUGCUGAAGACUGUGUCAAAAAUUUCGUUCUCCAGCACU